AUGGACGGCGUGCAACAGACGACACUUGACACAAAAUGUACGGUUCAGAGGUUAGUGAGCGAUGCUCACUCAGACAAGAUCGCAAGAUGGCUUUCCGCACCAGUUCCAUCAGCCAAUCAAAACAAAGCGCGAGAGCUGCACCAACCUGGAACAGGUCAGUGGUUUCUUGACAGUGAGCAUUAUCAAUCUUGGAAAAAAGUUCGAGGCUCUUUUCUUUGGCUAUACGGCAAAUCAGGCUGUGGCAAAACAAUCCUCAGCUCCACGGUGGUCGCGGACCUAGACAAUGACACAACAACUUCACCAAACCUUCUCUAUUUCUAUUUCGACUUCAAUGACGUGGGAAAAACGUCGACUGAACAAGCGGUGCGCUCAUUAAUUGACCAACUAUACCGCAAGGGUGUCCGUUCUCGAAGAUUACUCGAUUCUUUCUAUGCCCAACAUGCUAGAAGCGGAGAACAACUCAGUCAAGCAUUAUUGCAAAAACUCCUCCAAAAUAUGAUUGUGCAAUGCCGUGACGUUUGGAUUGUUCUUGAUGGUCUAGAUGAAUGUAACACGCGAGGUCUGCAUACCAGUGACAGUGUUCUACUAUGGAUCAAGAAGCUAAGCAGUCCGCCAUCCAACCUUCAUGUCCUUGUCACAAGCCGACCAGAAAACGACAUCAAAUCAUCCAUAGAGGCAUGGGCUAGCACUGACGAGAUAGUAUCGCUUCAGCCCGACUUGUUUGCAGACGACAUAGGUAUAUACAUCCAUACAAGGGUCAAGCAGCUGGAUAGGUGGCGAGGUAGUCCAGAUAUUCAGAAAUUAGUAGCCAGUACGUUAAACGAACGUGCUGAUGGAAUGUUCCGAUGGGCGGCUUGCCAACUUGACAGUUUAGAACACUGCCUAAGUCUGAAAGAUAUAACAAGAGAACUGGCGGCGCUCCCGCGGACGUUAGACGAAACCUAUGCGCGGAUGUACUAUCGUAUAUCCCCCGAGUUCAAGCCUGUUGCAAUACGCCUUUUGCAGCUCUUAACACACUCAAAGCGACCCCUUCGUAUCGAGGAGGCUGUGGAUGCUAUCGCUGUUGAACCAGGAAGCAAACCACGCUUUGAUCCAAGAAAUCGAAUGCCAUUUCCGACAGAAAUUACUCAAUACUGCCUAAGCUUUGUUUCGCUAACCUACAAAUAUGCUCCGAUAAUGAAGGCGCAGGUGAUUGAGAUCCAGCUUGCACAUUUCUCAGUUCAGGAGUACCUUCAGUCUGAUCGGUUGGAGCCGGCCCUUGGGGAGCAACUCAACAAAGCAGCUGCGGCUACAGCUAUCGUCGACUUAUGUGUGUCUUAUUUGCUUAGUUUGAACGUAUCCUUGCCGCUACAUCAGACAAAAGAACAAUACCCCUUUGCGGAGUUUUCGGCACAGUAUUGGUCAGAUUUCGCUCUUAUUAUGGAAGAGUCAAAUCAAAAAGUCCCUGACAUACUCAAAGAAUAUUAUUCGUCGCAACAAGCAUUUGCAUCAGGGUAUGACUUAUACAGCCCUGACAAAUAUCAACGGACAACAAAUGCGGAUGCAGUAAGCCCUCUGUACUAUGCAUCGUUUACUGGGCUGUUACGUUCUGUGCUCGUUUUGCUCGAAACCGAUGUUGACUUAAACGCAGGGGGCGGGUGGCAUGGCAAUGCCCUGCAGGCUGCUUCAAUUGAAGGACAUAAAGCGAUUGUUCAAUCGUUACUCAAAAGCGGCGCAGAGGUAAACACACAGGGCGGAUGCUAUGGCAAUGCUCUUCAGGCUGCCUCAAUUAUCUUUUAG